UCCAUCUGAAUGCCCAUGCACUCCAAUACCCUUUCUCCUAUCCAGAAUUUGAAGAAGAAAAAGAAAAUGAAGCUCCUUAUUCUGGCCACCCUCACCAUCUCACUCCUCUUCCCUUUCAGCUUCCUCACUUUCCUCUUUUGCUCUCUCCUCGCCCUCUCUCUCAACUUCUGGCUCAUCCCCGGUGGAUUUGCUUGGCGUAACCACCACCGCUCCUCCCUCAACCUCCCUGGUCCCUCUGGCUGGCCGCUCCUUGGCACGCUCCCGCAAAUGGGGCCGCUUGCUCACCGGAAUCUCGCUGCCAUUGCUCACUCCUUCAAAGCCACACGCCUUAUGUCCUUUAGCAUGGGUGCCACUCCAGCUAUCAUAAGCAGCCACCCUGACACGGCCAAGCAGAUUCUCUGCGGCUCCGCUUUCUCUGACCGACCUGUCAAACAAUCGGCUCGGCUCAUGAUGUUCGAGAGAGCCAUUGGCUUUGCUCCAAAUGGGGCUUAUUGGCGCAAUCUUCGACGAAUUGCCGCCAACCACAUGUUUUCCCCACGGAAAAUCUCCGACCUGGAGGGGCUCCGUAGGGAGGUGGCGGAUGAAAUGGUGGCGGAGGUGUCGGGAAAUAUGGCGGCGGAGGGGGUGGUGAGGCUGAGACAGGUGCUGCAAAAGUAUUCUUUGAAGAACAUAAUAGAGAGUGUGUUUGGGAGUGGUUUGGAGAUGGGGAGGAAGGAAGAGCUGAGUGAUAUGGUGAGAGAAGGGUAUGAAUUGAUCGCCAUGUUCAAUUGGGAAGAUUAUUUUCCGGUGAGCUUUUUGGAUUUUGGUGGAGUGAAACGAAGGUGCAAUGAAUUGGCCGGCAGGGUUAAUGUGGUAAUUGGACAGAUUGUUGAAGAGAGAAAAACACAAAUUAAUGAGUUUAAUAAUGAUUUUCUUUCUACUUUGCUAACUUUGCCGAAGGAGGAUCGGUUGAGUGAUUCAGAUAUGGUGGCUGUUUUAUGGGAAAUGAUAUUUCGUGGAACCGACACGAUAGCAAUUCUUCUAGAAUGGAUAAUGGCCAGGAUGAUAUUACACCCAGAUAUCCAAGCCAAAGCUCAAAAAGAGAUUGACACGUGCGUAGGGAGUAAUAGGCACGUGCGUGAUUCCGACAUUCCGAACCUUCCUUACCUCCAAGCAAUUGUGAAAGAGGUUCUUCGUCUACACCCACCUGGGCCAUUACUAUCGUGGGCCCGCUUGGCAGUCCACGAUGUCCACGUGGACAAGAUCUUAAUCCCAGCUGGCACAACGGCUAUGGUGAACAUGUGGGCCAUAGCUCACGACCCAUCGAUAUGGAAAGACCCAUGGACAUUUGAACCGGAACGAUUCAUUGAAAACGACAUGUCGAUUAUGGGAUCGGACUUGCGAUUGGCGCCGUUCGGAGCUGGGCGAAGGGCGUGCCCAGGAAGGGCCUUGGGUUUAGCCACUGUGCACCUAUGGCUAGCCAAUUUUCUGCACCGGUUUAGAUGGGUUCCAUGUUCCUCGACUAAGUCGGUUAAUUUAUCGGAGUGUUUGAAGCUAUCUCUUGAAAUGAAGAAGCCUCUGAAUUGUUGUACGGUUAGUCGGUGAAUCGGAAAAUUCAAGGUAAAAAAAAAAAAGAAAAAAGAAGAGAGAGAGUAAAAUGGGUUGUAAGUUGUGUAAAAAUGAGGGAAUUUACCGUGGUGGAAACCUCAUGGAAAGUAGAUUAAUUAUGGUGUAAAUUAGUUAAUAAUGGGUUGUUUAUAAUAAUUAAGAAAGAAAGGGGAGUAUGGGAGGCGGAUGUGAAGUUGUGAUCAUAAGUGAUAAUUAAGUGUUUGUUGAAUUACGAAAUAGUGUUAUUUUCUUUUCCCAAAAAGAAUAUUAAUCCCAUAAUGGUUGGUUGUGUUGAUUUGAUUAUGUGGUAGAAUAUCAAAAGUGAAGUCCUAGUUCAAAGAAUUAUAAGCACUGUCUUUUGUUUUC